GUGUGUGUGUGUCAGAACGCCACGCUCCAGUCUUAAUCCUGUCGUCUGUGAUGGAGGCUCUUGAUGGUGCUCCAGCUCGAAGUGUGCAUCAAGUAUGUCUGAAGUUGACUACGCUGCAGGCAGAAUCAGAAACAUACAAGAGAAGAGAGAUCUAUUACUGAUUAGACCCGAACACAGCAAACAGGAUGUUUUCCUGUCAUGAUUAUGGAUUUUAUUCAUUAUCGUAAACUGCAAAUUAUUGCACCCGCAAUUCUCAUCUCUGCACUGUUUGUGAUACACGGUGCAUCCACAGAAAAUCUCCCAACAAAAGUGGACGCGUGCUCCCCAAACCCGUGCCAAAACAGAGCACUAUGCAGGACCCGCGGGGAUGGCUACUCUUGCUUCUGUGUGCCAGGUUUCCAGGGUGCUCAUUGCCAUAUUGAUGUGAACGAGUGUGUCUCACAGCCGUGCAGGAAUGGAGCCACUUGUGUGGACAGAGUGGGUAGAUUCUCCUGUGCGUGUUUGCCUGGAUUCACCGGGACCUUAUGUGAGAUCCAGAUUGACGAUUGUCAAUCACAGCCGUGUCACCACGGUGGCAGUUGCCAUAACUACAAGUGGGGCUUUACAUGCACCUGCCCUCCCGGUUUCCAAGGACACCAGUGCGAAAUCAACAUUGAUGAGUGCCAGGAGCAGCCAUGCCAAAAUGGGGCUCUGUGUAUAGAUGGGGUGAAUGAAUACAGCUGUGACUGCUCAAACACAGCCUUCACUGGUCAACAUUGUGAGACGCCGCUACCUCCAUGCUACUCUGAACCCUGCUUUAACAGUGCCAUCUGUAAGGACAACCAGGGUUCCCUUUGCCAGGCGGUUAUGAACAAUUGUGAGCCCAGUCCAUGCCAGAAUGGGGGCAGAUGUGAGAGCAAUGUUGGAGGCUACACUUGCCACUGCCUCAAACAGAGUCCCGAUGACACUAUUUAUGGAGGUGUGAACUGUGAUGUGCGGCUAGUGGGCUGCGAGGGCCACGAAUGCCAGAAUCAAGGCUCCUGCUCUCCUUUUCUGUUGGACGGAACGCACGGAUACACUUGCUCUUGUGCACCUGGUUACACUGGACCCUUAUGUAAGACUGCCACCACGUUUUCCUUCGAACGCCGAGGUUACUUGCUGUUGAACAACCCCCUUGUGGAUGCCGAGGUGGCCUGCAACAUCACCCUGAGCUUUAAGACUGUUAUGCCCACGGCCCUGCUGUUCCAGCGGAACACCGGGGGGCUGCUGCUGAGCCUGGUGCUGGCUGAGGGGCAGCUACGUCUCACACUGAGGACCGAGACUGAGGCCUCUUCCGGGGCUGAUGCAGAAAGCUUCAAUCAGGUGUUGGAGCUUCCACACAAUGUCACAGAUGGAGACUGGCACUCCGUAGAGGCUGUGCUCGCAAACUGGGUUCUUAGCCUGAAGCUGCUGAGCGACGUCGCCACCUGCGCAAGCCAAGCAUGUGACCUCGUGGUCCCGGUCCAAAGCAAUAUCUCAGAGCGUGUUACGUCACCUCAAAACACUUUAAUUGGGGGAAUAUUUAAGGACCAAAAUGGUCCAAGUGAGUACUCGACAUUUCCGGCGUUUAUUGGAUGCAUGCGGGAUGUGUUUGUGGACUGGCAGCUUGUCGUUCCUGAGCAAUGGUUGAGCGACUCUGCUGUCAAUGUGUCCCCGGGCUGCAGCCACAGGGACCGCUGCCUGGACGUGCCGUGCCAAAACAGAGGACAGUGUGUAAACCUGUGGCAGAGCUACCAGUGCCAGUGUCCAAGGCCUUAUGAGGGGCAUGACUGUGAAGAGGAACAUGUGACUGCUCGCUUCGGGAGUGAGGACUCUCACAGUUACGCGGUGUUCACCAUCACUGAUGAUCUGGGUCAGAACCUCUCCAUCUCUCUCUUCCUGCGCACACGAAAGCGCCACGAACUCCUCCUGGUUCUCGCCAACAACGGCAGCCAGUACCUGGGCAUGUGGCUGGAGGACGGAAGGGUCACAGUCCAGCUCCAUAACCACGACACACUGCAGGCAGGGCGCGCAAUUCACGAUGGAGAAGUCCACUUUGUUAACCUGGAAGUGGUUGAUGGUCAGAUGACACUGUACGUAGCAGGUCAUAGACAGGGUGAUAUGGAGGUGGGCACAAUCGAUGUCCAAGCAGGGGACACUGUUUACGUAGGAGGUCUGCUGGAAAGGAGAAGCACUUCAUUCUUCGGUGGAUAUUUCAAAGGCUGUAUCCAGGAUCUGAGGAUCAGUGACAGGAGGCUGCAGUUCUUUGGGUUGGACACCUCAGUGAGAUCUUAUCCUCUUGAGCUCAUGGAAAAUGUGACCACUGGCUGCACCGGAGACAACACCUGCAGUAAAAAUCCGUGUCUGAAUGGGGGGAUGUGCUUCUCCAAGUGGGACGACUUCACCUGCACCUGCCCGCCCAGCACAUCGGGGCGGCGCUGCGAGGAGGUCAAGUGGUGUGACCUGUCGCCAUGCCCCUCAGAUGCAGAGUGCAGAAUGCUGAACCACGGAUACGAAUGCUACUCCAACGCAACUUUCAUGAACGACAGCACUGUGUUAUCUUACCGGGGAAAUGGCCACAUUUUCCGCAACCUAACCGACAUCUCACUAAGCCUGCGCACGAGGAAGCGUAACGCUGCCAUCCUCCACGCAGAGAAGGAUUCAGCUUUCAUAACGGUUUCCAUCCAGGACGGGGUCCUUUUCAUGGAGCUCCAGAGCACCCCUGAGGGGGAUGCUGCUGUGACUGACGGGCGGGGGCAAGAGGAGGGCGUGUCCACCGUCAGCCUCAGCAGCAGGAGGGUUGUCAGCGAUGCGCCGUGGGAUCGAUCCUCUCGCUGGACGUUGGUGAUGGAUGAAGAGAUAGAGGAGGCCAGCAUUUCCCGGAGCCAAGGCGGCAACCUGAAUUUCCUCAGACAGGAUGUGGACAUCUUUUUGGGGGGCCUGGCCCCUGAUGCGGGCUGGUCCCUGGCCGGUUGCAUGAGCACCGUGGAGCUGGGCGGCCUGGCCCUGUCUUACUUCAGCUCCUCUGAGGUGAACCUCCCACGCCUGCAGAAAGAGCAGUUCGUCCAAACGUCACCAGACGCUCCUCUGGCCGGGUGCAGCGGGGCCUCGGUGUGCGAGCCCAACCCUUGUCUGAACAAUGGAGAGUGCCAGGAUCUCUUCAACGCCUACAACUGCACCUGCCCCGAGGGCUGGGCAGGGAGGCGCUGCGACCUCUUCGUGGACGCCUGCAUUUCAAAUCCCUGCAUCCACGGCAACUGCAGCGUCUACGGGCUCACCUACGAGUGCACCUGUGAGUUCGGCUACUCCGGUGCUGACUGCGAAGAGGAGGUGGACGUCUGUGAGAAUCACCUGUGUGCCCACGGGGGGCUUUGCCUGCAUGGGCCGGACAGUUAUUCCUGUCUCUGCCCCGAAAACUACACCGGGCUCUUCUGCAAUGAACGCAUUGAAGAAACUCCAUGGUACAUUGUCAAAAAAGAAAGGCGGCCCAAGUUGCCCGUUUCUGUGUGUGGUGAUGACACCAGAAAUUACACCUGCUUCAACGGCGGCAACUGCACUGACCGAGAACUCUCCUGCGACUGUCCACCAGGCUUUACUGGGCACCGGUGCGAAAUGGAAGUGGAUGAAUGCAACUCCAACCCUUGCCUGAACGGAGGCUACUGUCGAAACCUCAUCAACAAAUUUGUCUGCGUGUGCGACAUGAGCUUCGCUGGAGACGUGUGCCAGACGGAUGUAAGCGACCUUUACUUUUAUGUGGCUUUCCUGCUGUGGCAGAACCUCUUCCAGCUGCUCUCCUACCUCAUCCUCAGGCUGGAUGAUGGGCCAGAGAAGGAGCGUGCUCCACACAGCUCGAGGGGUGGCUCGCCGCCUUGGCACCGUCUGGGGCUGGCGCUCGCCGCGGCCAAACUCGGAGACAGGCGGCAGACGGGGGGAGGUUUCAGUCCACGGCAGCUCCAGGCUCCUGGUGGUCGCAACCCACCUACUGAGCUGGGAACCACAUCCAUCAGCACUUUGGCACUGACCUCUCCGGGGGCAGGCUCUGACCUCUUGCUGUCCAUCAGUCUGGCGUCGGUCAUCCUGCUGCUGGUUCUGAUCCUGACCUCCGUCAGCUUGGUGGUGGCACUCAACCGGCGGGCCACCCACGGCACUUACAGCCCCAGUCGGCAGGAGAAGGCGGGAUCUCGGGUGGAGAUGUGGAGCAUCACCCAACCGCCUCCCAUGGAGAGACUGAUAUGA